AUGUUACGCGACUUCAAAGCGCAUAUUCAGAAUUGGCAUGUCUUCAACUAUCUACUGAUAGCAAAAUGUUAUAUUUCGAAAAACACAAAUGAUCUAUACAUUGCUGAAUUUCAUAAUAAUCGUGUUCAACAUUGGUUACCUAAUGGAUUAAAUGGUACAACAGCCGCGGACGGGGUAGUGGCGGGAUCAGGCAACUCCCGAAUACAAUUUUGGUCACAUGGCGCGUCAGUUGGCUUAACAAUUGCAAAUGGUUCGCAACUCUCAAUGCCUUUUGGUAUCUGGGUGGAUGCAAACGGAAUUAUGUAUAUCACUGAUUAUCCUAAUAAUUAUAUUCUGAAAUGGUCUCCGUUUGCACCCAAUGGAUCAAUUAUAGCAGGUGGUAAUGGGUCAGGAAAUUCAGCAAAUCAGUUGACUGGUCCAGUGGGUAUAUAUUUAGAUGAGACAAAUAACAUUUUAUAUGUCUUCAAUUACGACAACCAUUCGGUUAUGAAAUGGACAAUUGGAGCUACAGUCGGAAUUGUUAUUGCGGGCAGUCCCGGUAAAUCCGGAUCAAAUGCAACACUUUUACAGAAUCCAACAGAUAUUACAUUGGAUCAAUAG